AUGUCCCAACUAAAUUAUGAGCCGUACUCAUCGGUCUCAUUUCACCACAAACAACCGACAUCUCCGUACCCUUAUGAAGAUGACCGCUCCAAAAUUCGCCAGUCUUUAAUGACUCCAAUGGACAGUAGAUCUCGACUAUUUCUUCGUUUGAGUAACUGGUGGCACCGACAAUGGGCUCGGCAUCCACUAUUAAUUUGCCUGAUUGGAUUCAUUUCUAUUAUUUUUUGCCUCUCCUUCGUGAGCACGAUCCAGAUCUAUGGAGCCUUUGUUCGAAUCAAGUUAGAAAAUACACUUUUUGACCGGGGCUGGUUCCCCUGUGGAGUUUUACGAAAAGACCCGGUAUUAUUUGUUCAAGACACUCAUCACAUCCAGGUUGUGUGGGAGACAAACUGUGGAACAGACACCAAAGACAUGAUCAUCUCAUGGUACAAUAAGGAGGAUGCUCAUCAUCUUAGACAACAACAGCAACAACAGCAUCAAGUGAUUGCACCCUUGAUUCUCGAUGAUUACCACACUCUUUAUAAAGCCACCAUCGGGCCCCUGAACACUACCUCCACAUUUGCCUACCGUAUCGAAUACCACACAAGAGACGGAAGUAAACAGACUCGCACACUUGUGAGUGACCAGGAAUUUAAGUGGCAUGUAACAGGAACAAAGGAACCUAUCCGUAUUGCAGCAAUGGCAGAUAACCAAUUUGGCUUGAAAAGUUUUGUGACAUUAUUGCGGCAGAUUAGUCGACAUAAGGCCCCUCAUUAUCUUUUGCAUGCUGGUGAUGCAGUGCAAAAAUACUCGUCGUUACGACAGUGGCAGACUGAUUUCUUAGCUCCGUUGACAUAUUUUGGGCUUGGACAACGAGCGCCGAUGAUAUACGCUCAUGGAAACCAUGAUCAUGAUCCACGCUUCGAAUACCAGUACACACGUACAAGCUCUAACAAGGAUCCAUGGUAUGCAUUUUCGCUGGCAAAUGGUGCCAUCCGGUUUUGUGUGCUCGACAGCAAUUUAGACUGGAAACAACAAGACGAAUGGUUACAGCAGGAGCUGGCCAGCGAAGAAUCCCAAUCUGCAGCAUUUCGAUUAGUCGUCGUCCAUGUGCCUCCUUUCCUUGAGUAUUGGGAGCCGGAUGCCUGGUUUAACUUGCGCCAGAGUGAGUGGGGAGCAUUUGUAAAGAAUAGAUUUGUACCCUUGUUUGAGAAGUACAAUGUCGAUCUGGUCAUUUCAGGACACCAACACAACUAUGAACGAGGAGAACGAAAUGGUAUUAGUUACGCAAUUAUUGGUGGUGCUGGUGGUGAUCUCGACUUUGAGAGAGUUGUUGAAUGGGGUAUGUAUGAAGCAUCUAUCCUGGAUUUUCAUUAUGUACUCCUUGAGUUUGAACCACCAAACCAACUUCACGAUACCUGGAGUCUUUCCUGGAAUACGUAUGACCUUGAGGGCCACAACGUAGACACCAUGACACUCAAUUCCAAGCCCUCCCCUCAUAAUACCACACUAGAACAUCCUCUAACUUUGCAAUAA